AUGGCGGAUAAAGUAAAAAAGAAGCCGCCAAUUUUUGCACUGAAACGUUGGAGUAGUAAGGACGAAACGAAAGUUCCAAAAUCUCCAACGACACCUCAAAUACAAAAUCAGAAUCCGUCGUUAAUGUUCAAAUCAAUUGUUUCAUCGCCAGCGCCGCGUUCAGCGAAUGCGUCUGUUUCGGAAGCAAAGCCUAGAAAGAUAUCUGCUGGUGGAAUCAAAGAACUAGUACAAUGUCCUCUAUGCUUGGAAAUCUUUCACAAUCCCAAAAUGUUACCAUGUCAGCACACUUUCUGCCUUGCUUGCCUUAAAGUCUACGUCGAUGCUGAGCCUGUUAUUGACUGUCCCAGUUGUCACACAAGAAUACAAAUACAUGGACCAAAUUAUCUAGAUGAUUUGCCGUCGAACUUGUAUAUCGAUACGCUUUUGCAAGUAGUGGGCAUCAGCACUGCAAAGCCGAAAAAACCAGUGACGCCGCCUACAACACCAGCAACUGGCGUAAGUGGUAUUCAAAACGUCGACCUGUUAGCUGGUGGAUUAAGAUGCUGCCAUUGUCGUACCAUGUGUGACAACAAUGAAGUGAUAACAUGCGAACAUUGCAAAUUGAAAUUUUGCGGUGUAUGCUGGUCACAACAUUUGGAAGACAUGCGCAUACAAAUUGGAUCCAUCUUAAAACAACUUGACUCCGCCGCCAACCGGCUUGAGCAUAAAAUUGAAUAUUGUAAGGAUCGUUGUGAACGCAUAACAGAACAAAUAAACAUGGUUGCUGAAGAGAAAAUUAAUGCAAUUCUUGAGGCCAAGGUCAAUCUCCUACGAGAAAUGUCUGAGCUGCAGAAAACAGGGGAAAUGUCCGCACUCACACUUCAAUCAUCGUUGCGAGAAGCUCGAGAAGUAGCUACUCGAGCAAUGACUUCGAAAGAAGCUCUCGAUGAUAAUGAGAAGGUAAUGACGUUUUUAAACAUACAUCAAAACGCAUUACAAUUACUUACUGACGUAUCUAAAUGGGACUCGAACAGCUAUGUGUUCGAUAAGGAAAACUUCUGCAUAGAAUUGGAAACGGCGACGCCUUUAGACGCGGAGUCCGAUGACCCGUUGCCAGAAGCUGCUAAGCAAAAUAAUCCAUUAGAGAGCGAGGAAAGUCUAGUACUGUAUUACAGGUCGCGCAACUUUACACCAUACUACGUUUGGCGAAAGACGGCCAGGCCCUGCGGUAUUGGUAUCGGGCCUUGGAAUGAACACCUGUACAUCUGCGCGAAGGAUAGCCAUAGCAUUUUAGUGGUGGAGCGAUCCCAAGCAAAGAUAGUCAUGCGUCUCACCUGUGAGGAAAUGUUGUGCCCAGUCCACAUAGCGUUUUUGGAGAACCUAGGCGAGAUUUACGUAACAGAUAAAUGGAAACACUGUAUUCACGUAUUUUCUAAAGAGGGCGAACACCUGAGGUCUAUCGGACAGAAAGGUAGUCGCGACGGUAUGUUCAGAUCACCAGAGGGAAUAGCAACUGACAGUUCGCAACAACUGAUCUACGUAGUUGACACUGGUAACGAUCGAGUACAGAUUCUACAACCUGAUGGAAAGUUUGUAGAUCGAAUAGGUGUUGCGACAAGGCAACAAUCUAUGCACACGGCCAGCGUUUGGGAUACAAAAGAAAUAUUGUGCACAGAACUAAACGCACCGACUGACGUCGCCGUCACGAACGAUCGAGUGAUCGUGCUAGAUAGUGGAAACCGACGAGUGAAAGUUUAUAAUAAGCAAGACAAGAACAAAGUUUUAGAAUUUGGGUCCUUAGGGCACAGGAAAGGCCAGUUCAGGCAACCUGAAGUCUUAGCAGUUGAUCCUAUGGGCUUUAUUCUCGUUGGCGAUUCAGGCAAUUGUAGAGUACAAGUGUUCAAACCGAAUGGACAUUUGGUGAGGGUGUUCGGAAGGCUGGGAACAGAACCAGGAAAAUUCGGAUGGAUAUCAGGGAUAUAUGUCACUAAGCAGUUGGAUAUCAUAGUCAGUGAUACAAAAAAUCAUAGCGUUAAUUUUUUUUAA